AUGCAGUCGCCCACGAGACUGCCCGCCUCCAAGGGGCCUGACGGAGUCGCAGACGACCUGGCGCUGCCCGCCUCAGACUUGUCAAGCACCGAAGCACAAGCAUCCCACCAGGCCGCCGCAACCCUGCCAGGAAUGAUCCAUUUCCCUCACUGCCGCCUCGAGAUCACCAGCUUCCCUUAUCCGUUCUCCACAACCAGUCCCGCCAGCGGCACUCCCACAGCAAGCGACAACAACUGCAAGCUCGAACAGGUCGCCCUCCCCGGCGCCCUCGUGCGCACCCUCCUCUCCCGCUUCGAAAGCGAAGCGCGAUCACCAUCACCAUCACACUCCCAUCAACCUCAACAACAACAACAACAACAACAACAACAACAACAACAACAACAACAACAACAACAACAACAACAACAACAACAACAACAACAACAACAACAACAACAACAACAACAACAACCGCAUCCCCACGCACAACCGCCCUCACAACCCUCGCCAACCUCAUCGUCACCACCACAACCAGCAGCAGCAGCAGCAGCAGCAUUAGCAUCAGCAGCGGCAGCGCCGGCGCCGGCGCGCAAGGAGCGCCGCGUGCGCAUCCAGCGCCACUUCGACGACGACGCCGACUGGGUGGCCUCGCGCUGCGUGCUGGCCGACUUCACCGGCUUCCGCGAGGACGAGGCCGACGAGCUCUCGGCGCGCGGCCGCCUGUGCUGCUGGGCCAGCGUCGUGCUGCGGCCCCUCCCGCUGCCGCAGCGGCCGCAGCGCCCGCGCCCGCUCCGGGGCGCCGGGGUUGGGGUUGGGGUUGGGGUUCCUGCUGCUCCUGCUGCUGCUGCUACUGCUGCUGUUGGGCCAGAGCGGGUGGAGGGGCAGGGACAUGGUUACGGCUACGGUUACGCUGGUGGCUACGGUGGGGGAGACGUGGAUGAGGGGGACGGAACGGCGGCGGUCGAGUGGGAGCUUGGGUUCGUGGUGCAUCGAGUGGGGGUCAGGGAUCCGGAGAGCGGAUGGUGUGAAUGCUUUUGA